AUGAGAAAACCAAUUGAAAUGGAAGAAAAUACUAAUUUUAGUUUACAAAAUCAAAUUACAGAAUUUAAAGCAGGAUUAGAAAAGAUUACUAAACCAUCAAGUCAACAUAUUAAAGCAUUAAAAUUGUCUGAAAUGAAUAUUACUUAG